AUGGCCUACCUGGUCUCCCCCGAUGACCUCCCGAUGCCCGGCCGAGACACGUUUUUCUGGCUGGGUGAGAUUAACAAGGCCAGUGCCGUUAUCAACUCGGACGAAGGGCUCUUGGAUCGAGAUGCGGCUCGUCGGAUUGCCAGCGGCCUCCAAAAGCUACUGGACUCUGGCAACGAGCCAAACGCUCCCCGCCCAAGCCUCGUGAUUACCUUUGAGCCUCUCCUUGUCCAAGCUGCUGGCGUGGAGGCCACUCUCCUCCAUGCCGGGCGGUCCAGUCAAGACAUGCUCACUACCGUUUCGAUGGCAAUUCUUCGCGAUGCGCUGCUGAAACUCGCAUUGCAGCUUCAUGACACGACACGACUCCUCGUCGAGAUGGCCCAGACUCAUGCCGCAACACUAGUCCCGAACUAUACCAACGGAGUUGCUGCUCAACCUAACUCCUAUGGCCAUUACCUGUUGGGCCACAUUGCCGGACUCCAUCGGGAUGCAGAGAGACUGCGGCAGUGUUAUGCACGACUGGAUCGUUGCGCCAUGGGCACCACCGUUCUUAAUGGUACAAGUUGGCCGCUGAACCGCGAGCGCAUGGCCAAGUACCUCGGUUUCGCAAAGGCCGUCGACAACGCCUAUGACGCGGCGCAGAUCACCGCUUCAGAGAUGCCAGUUGAGCUUGGUGCGAUAGCGUCCCAGAUCGCCCUCCAUGCCGGCGCUUACAUCCAGGAUGUCAUGGCCCAAUACUCUCAGCCAAGGCCGUGGAUUCUUCUCCAAGAGGGCGGGGAUAACACAUAUGUCUCGAGCGCUAUGCCGCAGAAAAGGAACCCCGGCCUGCUCAAUAGAAUUCGAUCGGAUGCGUCCCGAGUUGUGAGUCUCGGCGUAGGCCGGGCGAUUCAGGGACACAACCUCACCCCGGGUAUGGUCGAUGCGAAGGACCUGACGGACAACCUUGCUGUACUCAAUGGGGCGAUAGGGGUGCUCGGGGGCUGGGAACGCAUCCUCGACGCACUGGUGAUUGACGGAAAACGGUCCUUGGAAGAAUUGGAUCUGGACUGGACUGCCUCUCAGGAGUUGGCGGAUAUCCUGAUGCGGGAGCACAAGGUGCCAUUCCGAGUCGGUCACCACUUUGCUUCAGAAGUGGUUAGAUUUGCAAAGAAUGCGGACCUGUGCCCGAGCAAGUUCCCCUAUGCUGAGGCAUCCAGGAUAUUCGUCGAGACAUUGAAACACACGCACCUCGAGGACAGCGGCUAUCGAUUCUUGAGCGAGGAUGAGUUUCGAGAGGCGCUCGAUCCUGUCGGGAUCGUCAAUCGAAGGGCAACCUCUGGCGGUCCACAACCCAAAGAAAUAGAACGUAUGAUCAGCAGCUCAAAGCAUAUUCUGGAGGAUCUCCACAAGUGGGUUCGAGAGCGGCGGUCUUACAUCGACGACGCGUUGCACGAGCUGGAUGCUACGUUUAAGCUUCUGUAA